UUCCGAACGUAUCUGCAUAUGGCGGAUCCUCAGUUUGUGUUUAUGUCAAUAAGGUACUGAUUUUAACAUUUGCGCGGGUGUGGAUUUAUUAAUUUAUAAAUGGUUAUGUGCUAGUGAAAACUGUGUAUUGUGUGCUUUUUCGUGAUAAUGUUUUUUGCCUUUGAACAUUUGGAUCAUUUCAUAUCUACGGUGUUCUUAUAAAGACAUUUAGUUCCAGCACGGAGUUGUUUCAGCAUGAACUCCGUAACCACACCCGCGCGGUCGGGCGCCGGUAAAAUGCGAGAGCGGCGACGCGCGCUCCACCGCACCGCCGCCGCUCUACUGUUUGCCUGCCUCCUCUUCAACUACCCUCAAGUGGACGCUAGUGACCCACCGGAGAUCACGAUACGCCCGCGGAACCUUCAAGUGCGGGCUAACGGGAUCGCCGCGUUCUACUGCGCUGCGAGAGGAGACCCCAUACCCAACAUACAGUGGCGAAAAAACGGAAAACGCGUCUCUAACAUGCAAUCCCGCUACCAAGUGUCCGGGAUGGACGCAGCUGCGGGCCCAGCGGCGAACGGCGCAGUUCUUCGAAUCGAACCGGUGCGAGCGCUUCGUGACGACGCGACGUACGAGUGCGUCGCCGAGAACGGAGUAGGGGACGCGGUGUCAGCUGUGGCUACGCUCACUGUUUUUGAAACUGACAAAGUCCCGCCUGGUUUCCCGAGCAUCGCGCCUCCACCAACUACCAUGGUAGUAGAAGUUGGCCACACCGCCACGCUGCCGUGCCAAGCUACUGGCAACCCCACGCCGAAGGUCAAGUGGCUGUUCAACUCUUUGCCGCUAGAUGUCGCCUCUAAUCCGAGAUACGCGCUGCUCAAUGAUAAGAUGCAUGGUACAUUGCAAAUAGUGAAGAGUGAGGAGGACGACCAGGGCAAGUAUGAGUGCGUCGCUGAAAACUCAAUAGGAACAGAUUUCUCCAAGCCCACAUCUCUGUAUGUAAAAGUGAGAAGAGUAUCACCGCAGUUCUCCAUCCCACCACCCCCCAAGACGGAGGUCAUGCUUGGAGGUAACCUGACUCUCAAAUGUGUUGCCUUUGGAUCACCCAUGCCUACUGUCAAAUGGAGGAAAGGUCUUACAAAAUGGCUGACGCCCGAAGAUAAUCCUCCACUGGGCCUAAAUACUCUUAAACUGGAAGACAUCAGGGAAUCCGCUAACUACACCUGCGAGGCAGCCAGUGUGCUCGGGGUUAUAGAAGCCACUUCUGAGGUCAAAGUACAGACACUACCUGGACCACCAACUGAAGUGAGAGCUUCGGAGAUCACAGCGACCACCGUGCGACUCGCUUGGACUUAUAGUGGUCCUGAGGAGCCCCAGUACUACGUAAUACAGUACAAGCCCAAAUAUGCUAACCAGGCCUUCAGCGAGAUCUCCGGCGUCAUAACUCAGUACUACUCGGUAACAAACCUCUCUCCGUACACUGAGUAUGAGAUGUACGUCAUCGCUGUCAAUAACAUUGGUAGAGGCCCGCCUUCUGCGCCAGCGGUCAUCACCACAGGCGAAACGGUGGAUUCCUUGUAUGGAGGUACCAAACCGGGUUCCGCGCCAAGAAACGUCCAAGUUCGUCCACUCAGCUCCAGCACUAUGGUCAUCCAGUGGGAUGAACCUGAAACCCCGAAUGGACAAGUCACAGGUUACAAGAUUUACUACACGACGGACCCAUCACAACCUCUACAAUCCUGGCAUUCUCAAAUGAUGGACAACAGCCACUUGACAACAAUCAGUGAGCUGACACCUCACACUGUCUACACGAUACGGGUGCAAGCGUUCACGUCAGUAGGACCUGGACCCAUUUCUGCGCCAGUUCAAGUGAAGACACAGCAAGGUGUGCCGUCCCAGCCGUCGAACCUAGUAGCCGUAGAAGCAGGCGAGACAUCCGUGACGUUAUCAUGGCGCCGCCCGGCCCACGCCGGCGACAACAUUGUGUCCUACGAGCUGUACUGGAAUGACACGUACGCGAAGGAACACCAUCGGAAGCGGAUACCAAUAGCCGAGACGUACACCCUAAACGGGUUAUACCCCAACACUUUAUACUACAUCUGGUUGGCGGCGCGUUCGCAACGGGGCGAGGGGGCUACGACGCCCCCCAUCGCGGUCCGAACAAAACAAUAUGUUCCCGGAGCUCCCCCGAUGAACGUAACCGCCGUGGCUAUUUCCCCUACUGCGAUUCGGGUGUCUUGGCAACCGCCGCCGGCCGAGCGGGCGAACGGCCGGAUCGCUUAUUACAAGCUGCUUUGUGUGGAGUCGGAGAGAGGGGAUUCUGAGGCGACGGUGGUGAAGCUGAACCAGACGACGUUCACCCUGGACGAGCUGCGCCGCUGGACGGAGUACCGCAUUUGGGUGUUGGCGGGCACCAGCGUGGGCGACGGCCCCGCCUCCUACCCGGUCACAGUGCGCACGCACGAAGACGUGCCUGGAGAACCCCAAGACGUGAAGGUAACAGCCAUCAACUCCACCUCUAUCCAUGUGACGUGGAAACCGCCGCAUGAAAAAGAGAAGAAUGGGAUUAUCCGAGGUUACCAUGUUCAUGUGCAAGAAAUCAGGGAAGAGGGCAAGAGUCUUCUAAAUGAUCCAAUGAGAUUCAACGUGAUGGAUGAAACUACACUCGAGCUGAACAUCUCAGGUCUGCAGCCCGAUACCAAAUAUAACGUCCAAGUAGCUGCUCUGACAAGAAAAGGCGACGGUGACCGAAGUGCGCCGGUGUCAAUAAAGACACCCGGCGGUGUGCCAAACAGGCCUACCGUUAACCUGAAGGUCUUAGAGCGAGAGCCGGUUGUGUCUAUAGAAAUAGAGUGGGCAAGGCCAACACAAACCUACGGAGAAUUAUUGGGAUACCGAUUACGAUAUGGUAUCAAAGAUCAAUUACUAGAUGAAGAGAACUUUGGAACAAAAGUCACGUCUCACAAAAUAAAUGACUUAGAAAGAGGCGUACAGUACGAGUUUCGGGUAGCCGGGAAAAAUCAUAUUGGCAUUGGACAGGAAACAAUUAAAUAUUGGCUCACACCAGAAGGAGCACCAAAGGGCCCCCCGACUAAUGUUAGUUACCACUUCCAAACACCAGACAUUAUCAGCAUAACAUGGGAACCGCCUAUAAGAGCAGACCGAAGUGGUCAGAUUAAGAAAUAUGAUGUCCAAUUUUUCAAGAAAGGUGAUCAGUCGUCGGUUAUUGAAAAGAAAACUGAAGCAACCAAAGCUGUGUUUACUGGUUUAGAGGAAGAUGCUCACUAUGUUUUCAAAGUUAGGGCUUACACAAUACAAGGAGUUGGUCCUUAUAGUAAAGAGAUAACAGCACAUACUGAAAGAGAUAUUGGCAGAGCGCCUAUGUCUGUAAAAGCUGUCGCAACUUCAGAGUCUGGUGUAGAAGUAUGGUGGGAAACAUUCCGAUCAAGAAAGAAGAUUAUUGGGUAUGUCAUAUUUUACACUAUGACACCAGUAGAAGACCUAGAUGAAUGGAAACAGAAAAGUGUACAUGUAACGCACUCGGCAGACCUUGAAAACUUGGAGAAGUUUGCGGAAUAUGCCGUCGCAGUGGCGGCCAGAACUGCAGAUGGCCUAGGUAGAUUAUCAGAAAAAGUUACUGUUAAAGUUAAACCAGAAGAAGUGCCUUUAAAUUUGAGGGCUCAAGAUGUUUCCACGCACUCCAUGACUUUAUCAUGGACAUCCCCAUUACGCUUAAAUCCCGUUAGCUAUAAGAUUUCAUACAACGCAAUUAAAGAGUUUGUUGAUUCAUUAGGUAUGACGCAAACCCAAGAAAUACCGAAAAGAGAAAUCAUAGUUAAGCAUGACAGAACGUCAUAUUCUAUCAAUGAUUUAUCUCCAUUUACCACCUAUAAUGUAAAUGUAAGUGCCAUACCCAACGAUGACUCUUACAGACCACCGACAAAGAUCACUGUAACUACUCAGAUGGCUGCACCAAAGCCUAUGGUGAAACCGGAUUUCUAUGGUGUCAUUGAAAAUGAAAUUCUUGUUAUUCUACCUCAAGCAUCCGAAGAAUACGGACCCAUUUCUCAUUAUUACCUAGUUGUAGUACCUGAUGAUAAGGCUCAUAAUCAUAAACAUCCCGAUCAGUUCCUAACCGAUGAUUUAAUUAAAAGUAACGUCAGAACUGACGACGAAAACGCUCCUUAUAUAGCUGCCAAAUUCUUGCAACGAAAUAUUUUGUACACAUUCCAUCUCGGAAAUGACGAAAUGUAUGAAGGUUUUCUUAAUAGAAAAUUGAAUCCAAGUAAAAAGUAUCGUGUGUUCGUUCGAGCUGUUGUAGAUACACCCCAAAAACAUCUUUAUACGUCCAGUCCAUUUUCGGAAUAUUUGUCACUCGAUAUGCGAGAAGCCCCACCUGGCGAAGAACCAAGCAGACCGGAUCCCAAAGAUAUAAAUGGCGAUCCAGAAAUUAGAAUUGAGGAAAAUAGGAAAGAAGCUGGUAUGGUUUGGGUUAUUGGUCCUAUCAUUGCAGCUCUGAUGUUGUCGUUAUGUUUCGUCUUACUGUUCAUAUUGAAGAGACGAAGACAACCCUGUAAAACUCCGGACCAAGCGGCAGUGACUCGGCCAUUGAUGUCAGCAGAUGUUGGAUUUGGAGCGCCAUCAGAUCCAGUAGAAAUGAGACGUCUCAAUUUCCAAACUCCAGCUAUGAUUUCACAUCCUCCAAUCCCAAUCUCUGAACUUGCCGAACAUAUUGAAAGAUUAAAAUCUAAUGAUAACCUUAAAUUCUCUCAAGAAUACGAAAGCAUAGAACCUGGUCAACAAUUUACGUGGGACCAUUCCAACAUGGAAGUUAAUAAGCCUAAAAAUCGUUACGCUAAUGUCAUUGCGUAUGACCAUAGUCGCGUCAUUCUCCAGCCUAUCGAUGGAAUACUUGGAAGUGACUACAUAAAUGCUAACUACUGUGACGGCUAUCGUAAACAUAAUGCCUAUGUAGCAACCCAAGGCCCGCUUCAAGAAACCUUCACUGAUUUCUGGCGAAUGUGCUGGGAACUUCGAACAUCAACUAUAGUUAUGAUGACUAAGUUGGAAGAACGGACAAGGAUUAAGUGCGACCAAUAUUGGCCUAGCCGAGGUAGUGAAACAUAUGGCAUGAUGACGGUAACAAUCGCUGAAGUUCAGGAACUUGCCACUUAUUGCAUUCGAACCUUCCAAGUAACGAGGAACGGAGGUGCCGAGCGUAGGGAGAUCAAACAACUACAAUUCACUGCUUGGCCUGACCACGGCGUUCCGGACCACCCUGCUCCCUUCCUUCAAUUUUUGCGUCGUGUGCGAGCACUGAAUCCUCCUGAUGCCGGCCCCCUCGUCGUUCACUGUUCAGCUGGCGUCGGCAGGACAGGAUGCUUUAUCGUUAUUGAUUCCAUGCUCGAAAGGGCUAGACAUGAACGCACUGUUGACAUUUACGGUCAUGUAACUUGCCUGAGAGCUCAACGAAAUUACAUGGUGCAAACCGAGGACCAGUAUAUCUUUAUCCAUGAUGCAUUACUUGAAGCUGUCGUCUGUGGCGAUACUGAAGUUCCUGCUCGUAACUUGCACGCUCAUAUUCAGAAACUGAUGCGUGUUGACUCCAUUGAAAAUAUUACUGGCAUGGAAUUGGAAUUCAAGAAGUUAGCUAACAUGAAAGCUGACUCGAGCCGUUUCGUUUCUGCUAGCCUGCCAUGCAACAAGCACAAGAACCGUUUAGUUCACAUCUUGCCGUACGAGUCGAGUAGAGUUUGUUUGACUCCGCGCGACGGAUCUGAUUACAUUAACGCGUCGUUUGUUGAUGGAUAUAGAUACCGAUCGGCUUAUAUAGCAACGCAGGGACCACUUCCUGAUACAACAGACGAUUUCUGGAGGAUGCUCUGGGAGCACAAUUCCACAAUCAUUGUUAUGCUCACCAAGCUGAAAGAAAUGGGAAGAGAGAAAUGUCACCAGUACUGGCCUUCGGAUCGUUCUGUGCGCUACCAAUGUUUCGUAGUUGAUCCCAUCGCUGAAUACAACAUGCCUCAGUACAUUUUGAGGGAGUUUAAGGUCACAGACGCCCGUGACGGGGCAUCACGGACGGUCCGUCAGUUCCAGUUCACAGACUGGCCCGAGCAAGGAGUCCCGAAGAGCGGAGAAGGUUUCAUCGACUUCCUUGGACAAGUGCACAAGACCAAGGAGCAGUUUGGCCAAGAUGGGCCUAUUACUGUGCAUUGCAGCGCCGGUGUGGGUCGCACUGGAGUGUUCAUAACGCUAUCGACGGUACUAGAGCGCAUGCAAUACGAAGGCGUGGUCGACGUGUUCCAAACGGUGCGCACUCUACGUACGCAACGCCCCGCUAUGGUGCAAACAGAGGACCAGUACGAUUUCUGCUACCGAGCUGCGCUGGAGUACCUGGGCUCGUUCGACCACUACGCCAACUGACGAUGAGAUAUGCUCGUCUAACGGAACUGUCGCUUACGUACUUAAUCGCCCGUGUAGAUCGCUGGAUGUCCGAGAAAUGUGCACAGAUCUUAAUUAUAUGAUGCACAGUCCGUAAUUAUAAGCGCACAAGGCGUAAUUAUAAACGCACAGGGCGUAACUUUAAGCGCACAGUGCAUAAUUAUUUGUGCACGGUGCAUAAUUAUUUGUGCACAAGGCAUAAUUUAUGAGUGCACAGAUCGUCUCAUGAAUCUCAUCAUAUUCAUAAAUUGUAAUUUAUACCAAUUUAAUUUAAAAUGUACCUAAUUACUUUUAGGUUACAUUUACGACUAUCAUUUAUGUAAUCGAAUCUUACUUUAUUAGUGAUUGAAACUUGAUGAGAAAUCACACAAUAGUAUUAACUAUUGCUACGAUUUCAUUGUAAUCAAAAUUACCUCUGAUCCAAUAUAUCUUGUGGCACGUUUCUCGGAAUGCCUUCCUGAUAGACACCCGAGAAAGACAAUAAAUUAUUUAAUAUAUUAUUGCGUAGAUGAAAGUAUUUUAUUGUAUUUCUUGGUUGUACUUUGCGACGCUUGCUGUUAAGUAGUUGUCUCCCAUUCAGACUGACCGUUAGGAAAACAUCAUUUUCACUUAUAUAACUUAUGAGGCUAACAUAUUUAUGAGUGCCUAGGAACGCAACUUAUGAUGUAAAUUUACGAAUGUGACCACUUAAACAUGAUUGUGAGUCUAAAGGGUAAUAAAUAUAAUAUUAAUUAUCCUACUACUUAUGAUAGACCUUACGCCUGUUCUAGCUAUUUAUAACUCUAUGGAACGGAAUGUUGAAGUCCAUAUAUACAGUUAAAGUAUACUUAGAUGCAUUUAAAUAUUACGACAGAUUUCCAAAAGUAUUUAAUGAUCGGUGUACCGCGUUGAAAAUUAUCAUUUGCAAAAAAAAAGUAAAUAGUGAUUGAAACAGUGCGCUUAGAUAAUUACAUAAAUGACUUAACAUACUUAUAUUCAAUACU